AUUAUUGGGGGGUGAUCUGGAAUUGUGCAUGACAAAUUUUGCUCACCAGCUGCGAAAGAUUCUUCCACUGAGAUUUCUUCUCUCCCACGAUUUGUUCGGAAACGCCGGAAAAUUUUGAGAAAUCAGUUUGAAUUCUACUUUCUUUUCAUUGUAGGAGUAUAGAAUUGCUCAGAAAUGUAUCCGUGAAAAUAAAAAUCUGAUCUUCUUGCACUUUCUUAAUGCCCGGCGAAGGUUUCCGUCAAUUCAUGUUUGCCGCCGGGCGGUCAGUGUUGGGAUUGUAGCAGUCGGGAAGCAUAAAAGGAGCUAACCCAUGGAAAGAAAUCUGUCUUCUCUGUUCAACGCGAAGGUUGUUGAUCAUGAGAAUGGUGUUCGCGUCUACGAACCAUCAGGCAGUGCCAGUGUUACUCCCAUGUCUCAGGGAGUGACUGGUUGGAGUUCCAGUGUCACUCGUCAAUUCCAUGCAGUGGCAGGCGGCGGCGGCGUCCUUUCUCCCGGCAAUAGCUCCGGGGAGUCCUUCAAGAGAAAGCGUGGCCGUCCAAGGAAGUAUGGUACCGAUGGCACGCCAGUACUCGGCGUGCCACCGCUAUCUACAAGUCCGGCGGCUCCUCCUCCGAGCACCGGAAUGUUCUCUCCGGCUACUCAUGUAGCUGCAACAGUUGCUGCAGAGGGUGCCAAAAGGGCUAGAGGUCGUCCACGAGGUUCAACCAACAAGCGACACAUAAAAGCUCUUGGUUCAACUGGAACUGGAUUUAUGCCUCAUGUUAUUGCAGUUAAAACUGGAGCAUUCUAUGUGAUAUUGUCCGAUGAUCAUUCCUACUUCCGUUCCGUCCAAGUAAACGGAGCUUAA